AUGUAUCUCCGAGCAAUCCACGCCGAAACCCACAUUCCCACCCUUCGCCAAUUCGUGAAGGCCAAUCCUCUCGGCAUCUUAACCACCGCCAUCUCCUCCUCGGUCUACUCAUUCAUCCAAUCCAGCCAUAUCCCCUGGGUUCUCGACGUCGCCGAUGAUGACAGCGAAACCGAACUCGGAGUCUUGCGCGGCCACAUGGCCCGACAGAACCCCCAAGCCAAGGCCAUAAUUGAAUCCGCGACAGCCGCGAACCCCGGCGCAACAGGCGGCAUCCAGCUCAAAGACGAAGUCAUGGUCCUGUUCAACGGCCCGGCCCAUCACUACGUCACCCCCAAGUUCUACACCGAGACCAAGCCCGAUACGGGCAAGGUGGUGCCCACGUGGAAUUACUCCGCGGUCCAGGCCUACGGAAAGGCCACGGUUUAUCUCGAUACCGGAGCGGAGUCGACGGAGUACUUGACGUCGCAAAUCAAUGCCCUUACGGACCAUGCCGAGACUUCGAUCAUGGGGUACACCGGCGGUGACUGUCCGAGUCAGUGGAAGGUGUCUGAUGCGCCGGAUCGAUACAUUGCUCUCCUGCAGAAGGCGAUCAUUGGCAUUAAGAUCGAUAUUACUCACCUGGGAGGGAAGUUUAAAAUGAGUCAGGAAAUGGGCGAGGGGGAUCGAGCAGGCGUUGCUCAGGGAUUCGACAACCUAAAGACGGAGACUGGUGAGCAGAUGGCUCAGUGCGUGCGCGAGCGCGAGGCGAAGAUGCUUGCUGCUAAGGGCAAAUAA